AAUAACAAAGGGAAAUUCUGCUUCUUCUCCUCCUCCUCCUCCUCCUCCUCCUCCUCUUUCCCCUGUAAUUUUCCCUCCGAAAAAUAGAGAGGGAAAAUUAUGGUACAAGUACAAGGAUAUAAUGAAAAAGUGCUAACUUGCCCACAGUAUUUUCGGAACAAACAAACAACUCCUUCGAUCAUAUUCCCGCGCCGCUGGCGCGCCAAAGAAGAUUUCUUCCGGCGCACAAUUCGCCAAGCCGAUUCCGUAGCGCCCUCUACCACUCUUUUAAUAUUAAAGCCGACCUGACCUACCCUUCUUCUGCUCUUUUCCCCCUUCGAGGAGUUUACCCAACGGAGACAGCAAAGAGCGAUCGAGUAAGCUUUUCUGAAUUCUAACGAAGGCGACGCCUUUUAGGGGUUUUCUCUGAAUUCCAGUUUCUGGGUUUCUGACUUACAAUCUCUAGCCUGUUGGGUUCGUUUGCUUGUUCUCUCUCUUUCUUCAUCUGGGUUUUGUGACUUUGAUAUUGUGACCGCGUUUUUGUUUUUACGGUAAAUACCUGAUGGGUAACCUUUGGAUUGGAGUUUGAUAUGCUUGAUCGGUGGCUUUACACUGGUAAAAUUAGUGACACGACUGUUUUUAUUACUCUUGCUCAAAACUUGUAAGUGCUGCACUCCUGCUGUUUUAUUGUGUAUGCCUUUAAAUUUGGGAAGGGUUUUGGUUCAAAAUUAGAACUAGAAGGGAUUAACUGAUGGCCUGGCUGUUCAAUACCCUACGCUUAUCAGCUGCAGUAACUAAGGAGCUUUGUUUCAGUUCUUACUGGUGGUGGUGCAUUAGAUUAUGACAGCUAAUGUCUUAUGUCAAUGAAAAUUGAUCUUUUGACAGGUGAUCUGCAACUGUUGCUAGAAUGGGAGGAAUUGCAAUCGAUGAUGACUGGGAGUUUGCUUCACCUUCUACCGAAGACCCUUGGUCGAUCGUUCUAGUUGGACGCACUGGUAACGGGAAGAGUGCAACAGGUAAUAGCAUUCUAAAGAGGAAAGCUUUCCAGUCCAAGAAUAGUUCAUCUGGGGUUACGCGUUCCUGUGAGUUGCAGUCGACUCUGUUGGGAGAUGGUCAGAUCCUCAAUGUCAUCGAUACCCCUGGGCUUUUUGAUUUCUCUGUGGGGGCUGACUUUGCGCACAAGGAGAUUGCCAAGUGCAUCAACAUGGCUAAGAAUGGGAUCCAUGCUGUGGUCCUUGUGUUCUCUGUGAGGAAUCGGUUUACCGAGGAAGAAGAGGCUACCAUUCGUAACUUACAGUCGUUGUUCGGAAAGAAGAUCAUCGACUACAUGGUUGUAUUGUUCACUGGUGGAGAUGAACUUGAAGAUAAUGAUGAGACUCUAGAGGGUUAUUUGGGUGAUGAUUGUCCUCGACCUCUAAAGGAAAUUCUGUCACUGUGUAAGAAUCGGAAGGUUCUGUUUGAUAACAAGACUAAAGACGAGUUCAAGAGAGCUGGACAGGUCGAGGAGCUUCUUGCCCUGGUUAACAAUGUUGUGAUGCAGAAUGGUGGACGACCAUACACGGAUGACAUAUUCGUCGAAAUGCAGAAACAUACUAAGAUCAUUCGUAACAAGCAAGCUGAGAUUGAGGCCCUUCAAGUUCAGCACCACUCUUCUCAGGAAAUAGCCGGUCUGAAACAGCUGAUGCAUGAUCUGUACCAAGAACAGCUCAAACACAUAACUGAGAUGGUCGAGUCGAAGCUUCAUGAGACAACAGUCAAACUCGAGCAGCAGCUGGCGAAGGAGCAAGCCGCACGUCUCAAGGCAGAGGAGUUCGCACAGCUGACUCACUUGCAGUCGAGCAACGAGAUCCGCCAGCUGAGAGAGAACCUCGAGAGUGCCCGAGCGGAGACCGAGAGGCUCCGCGAGCAGGCAGAGAGGGAAACUGCGAUCCUGUGGUUGAAACGAAGUCUCGUGAGGGCCCAGAUGGGGACAGGGGAGAUUCUGAAGAGGGCCGAGUCCCAUUCUGCUGUUCUGUGGCUCCAUAGGAGUUUGGAGAAGGCUGAGAAGGAGACUGUGGAGCUGUUGCAUCAGGCUGAGAAGCAUUCGGCGGUGUUGUGGAUUAGGGAGAGUGUGAGGAAGCUGCAAGGGAAGCUGAGUAGCAAUGCGAAUCCGGGGGUUUGAGAGGCAAUGCUGUGACUUGAGAGAGAGAUCGACCAGUUUACUUGUUUGAGGAUGUACAGAGUUUUCUUACUGGAGGUUUAUUUUGCGGAUUUUUUUAGGUUUUGGAUGAUAAAUGAUGCCUGGUUACUAGCUUCAUGUAAAUGUUUAAAGCUUUUAACAAGUGUUUCUCUAUUCAGAAUGCAAACAUUGGUCGGUUGUUAGAGCAUUUGUGUCUGGGUUUUUGUUAUAGCAGGCUCUAACCAUAUGCUGCUGGAAAAUGCAUUCUCUCAACAUGGCUGAAGGGUUAGCUUCUGGCAAGGGUAAUAGAUAAAUACUUUUGUG